AUGCUUGCUCAUCUUCUUCUCGCCGCUGCGCUUGCGCCGGCCGCUCUUGCCGGACCUGUCAAGGCCCGUCAGGUCGCAUCCUACGAGGGAAACCCGCUUGCCGACAGGCAGCUGUUCCCUAACCCUUACUAUGCCGAUGAGAUUAAGAACCUGGCUAUUCCCAAGCUGAGCCCUGAGCUUGCCGAGAAGGCCGCCAAGGUCGCUGAAGUUCCCUCUUUUGCAUGGCUCGACACUCGUGAGAAGAUCAGCCUCAUGAACAGCACUCUUGCGCAGAUCCGUAAGCUGAACCAGGAGGGUGCGAACCCCCCGUUCGCCGGUACUUAUGUUGUCUACAACUUUCCCGACCGCGACUGCUCCGCCAAGUCCUCGGCCGGAGAGCUACUCAUUGCUGAGGAUGGCAUCAACAAGUACAAGAAGGAGUACAUUGAUCCGAUCGCCGCCCUUGUCAAGGAAUACUCUGACACCCGCAUUGUGUUGAUUUAUGAACCCGAUGGGCUUGCCAACCUCAUUACCAACCUCAACGUCCAAAAGUGCGCCCAGGCGGCGGAUACUUACAAGGAGGCCACCGACUAUGCCUUCAAGACGCUCGAUCUCCCCAACGCAGCUGUUUACGUCGAUGCCGGACACGCCGGCUGGCUCGGUUGGGAAGCUAACCUUAAGCCCACUGCUCAGCUGUACGGCGAGUUGUACAAGAAGGCUGGCUCUCCCAAGGCUGUUCGUGGACUCGUCACCAACGUUUCCAACUUCAAUGGCUGGAACCUGACGACUGCUCCCCCGUACACAACCCCCAACAACAACUUUGACGAAUCCAAGUUCCACACGGCGCUGACCCCGCUUCUCAAGGAGGCCGGAUAUCCCGCGAAUUACCUUGUCGACCAGGGCCGCAGCGGCAAGCAGCCCACCGGACAGCAGAUCUGGGGUGAUUGGUGCAACGUCAAGGACGCCGGCUUCGGGCCUCGCCCAACUGUCAAAACCGGUAUUGACACCCUCGACGCUAUUGUUUGGGUUAAGCCUGGUGGUGAGAGUGAUGGUACCAGCGACUCUACCGGUCCUCGUUACGACGAGAAGUGCAGUUCUGGCUCUUCUCUUACCCCUGCUCCUCAGGCUGGUACCUGGUUCCAGGCGUACUUUGAGAUGUUGCUCAAGAACGCCAACCCCGCCUUCUAA